AUGGAGCAGAAUUACUUUUCAGCACGAAGAUUCAAGUUAACACUGAUAAUGGUGUUAGCAUACUUUAUUGCUUCCACAAUUUUGCGAUGGCUUUUUAUUCUCCAAUACCGAUUAUCAACACCUCCAAAAGGUUUUUAUAAUACUCGAUUUAAAGCUGUCGCUAAAGUUUUCAGGCAAAAUUUUGAAGAGGGCUUGGAAAGAGAAGGUGCUCAUUUAACAAUUAUUCAAAAUGGGAAAGUUAUAGUAAAUUUAUGGAAUGGUUAUUCAGAUUUAGAAUCAGUUCGUGAAUGGAAUCAUAACACCAAAACAGUUCUAUUUUCAACCACAAAGGCAAUUGCAGCACUUUGUUUGGCAAUGCAAGUUGAUCGAGGUCGUUUAUCAUAUGAUGAUCUGGUUGUAAAAUAUUGGCCAGAAUAUGGACAGCGCGGAAAACAUAUGACUACAAUUGAAGAUAUUUUAACACAUAAAGCUGGAAUUCCAUAUCUUGACAAUAUUACAAUCGAAGAUGUGACGAACGAAAAAGGAAUUAUAGAGAUAGUGGAGAAAGCUAAGCCUCUUUGGAAACCUGGCACUGCUACUGGAUAUCAUGCGGUGACAUUUGGCUGGUUAAUCGAUGGUAUUUUUCGUAAAGUGGAUGAGAAAGGUCGAAAUAUCAAAACAUUCCUUCAGGAAGAAAUUGCUGACAAAUAUGGUAUUGACAUUACUAUUGGUUUAACAAAGCAGAAAUUCAAGAACUUAGCUCGAGUAACUCAACCUGGAUUACUUGAAUAUGCUCGAGAUGUACUGCUUGACCUUCGAGUGAUUAUCAUGCUUGCAAUAAUGUAUGCACAACCAUCAAAUUCUCUGGCCGCAAGAAUUCGAAUUCAUCCAUCAUGGCUUCCAUUGAAUUUUGUAACAUUUUGUUUCUUUGAGCAUGUGGAACUUCUUUAA